GAAUAAAAAGGGCAGAGGCAGAGAUGGGGGCCCAUGAAGCCGGGUGAAGGCUUGUCAGCAAGGAGCACUGGCUGAGAUGCAGGUCGCACCCGGGCCCAGUGAGGACAACAUGUGGGCCUCCGGGGGCCUGCCCGCCGGGGUCCCCGCUCCGGACCCCAAACCCAAGGAGGCACUAGGUCUUGGCCAGCUGCCCACGGAGCUGCUCGAGAUGGUGCUGGUCCACGUGCCCCCCCACACGCUGCUCGGGCACUGCCGCCAGGUGUGCCGCCGCUGGCGCGACCUGGUGGACGGCCAGCACCUGUGGCUGAGCGUGCUGGCCCGAGACCACGCCGCCCUGUCACCCAUCCUCCGCACCUACCUGCCCCCUGCCGACGACCCCAGGCCCUGCGUCCUGGGCCGCUUCUGUGAGCGCAGACCCAUAGGACGCAACCUCCUCCAGAAACCCAAGGGCGAAGAAGACUUCCUGAAAUGGCCGGUGCUGAGUGGAGGGGACACCUGGGCGGCAGAGGAAAACGGGGAGGACUCACCCAGAGCCUGUAUGCAGACCAGCUUUCUGUCUUCCUACAGGUGGUGUCAAAAGAAACAAGUAUUGAAUCUGGAGGAGGAGGGUUUCUGGCCAGAACUCCUGGAUAGUGGAAAGCUUGAGAUUUGUGUCUCUGCCUGGUGGACAGACCGACAAUACACUAAUAGUUUAUAUCGGCUGAUUGUCCAACUGCUAGAUGCCAACCAGGCCGUCCUGCACCAUUACUCUCCUUUGCCUUUUCCCAUCCAGCAGUGCAGAAACAGUUUCUCCUUUGAGGCCAGCCAUGUGUUCUCCAACCUCAAGAAGGGUGUUCGCUUUGUGUCCCUUGAACACUGGGUUCCAGAUAUUGAUUUCUGGCCUGAGCAAUAUGGAUUCUAUCUGUUCAACUCCAGUGUGAUCGUUCGGGUCCGUCUGUCCUAGCUGAGACCUGUCUUUGCAAAACAACCUGACUGUGCCUUCCAAGAACUGGGACCAUGGGCAGGGCCAUCUCAGUGAUCAAGGGCUUGUAGCUCCCUGGCAUCCUGGGAUCUCCUGGGUCCAGUCGAAGUUCCUAAUGGGUCCAGUGGAAGUUCCUAAUGGGCCCUGUCUUCAGAUUCUGGAAGCUACUAGAGGAACGUUCUUCCACCAGAUUUACUGGCUGCUGCUUUUCUAAGGCAGCCCCUGUUCUACCAAGUGGAGGCGCAGGGGUGAGCACAGGGAAGUGCUGGAUCAGGAGAGGGCUCCUCCCCCUCCCCCCACGCCAGGCCCCUCUGGUUCAGCCCCAGUGCCCUCUGCCCUUGUCUCCUCUUGGUUCUGCAUCAGAGGCUUUAUGGGUCCCAUGCAAAAAGCCCUCUCCUCCUGAGUGAACUAGAACCUCGUCCCUAUAGCUGAGAAAAUUCCAGCCCCUAACUUCCUGAGGUUUUAAGACUGAGACCAGGGCUCAGAGCUGAAAGUUAAACUACCUCAAAAAAUGUUUGGAGACAGAGGGUUCUGCCUACCUUGUGAAAAAUCAAAUGGUCCCCUGAGCCCAACCCUGCUCUGAAUUGUAUCAAAUUAUUUUGUUAUUUUGAAACUCUUUUCAAACAUGGAGAGAAUAAAUGAGCAAUAUGUCUGCCGAUCAUAGGUAAUAAAUGUAUUG